GCUACCCUAGCCCUACGCGACUGUUACAUAGCCCUUCUUCAUUACAUCCUUCCUCGUCCUCCUCUAAACUCAACACUCGCCAUGGAUAAGAUUAAAGAGCGUCUCGCCAACUUGCGCCAGGAGGCCGACAACGCGGUUGCGCGUGCUGAGGAGGCAGAAGCCAAGAACAAGAAGCUGGAGCAGACCUUGCUCGAGAAGGAGCAGGAGAUCUCCUCUCUCCAACACAAGCUCUCGCUACUUGAAACCGAGCUGGACAAGGCAGAAGAGAAGAUUUCCGAGGCUAAGCAUGCACAGUCCGACAUUGAACAGACCAAGACGACCACCGAGGCACUCACACGCAAGGUUCAACUACUCGAGGAGGAGCUUGAUGCUGCAGAGAAGAAUGCGAAGGAGGUCGUUGAGAAGCUGAGACAAGUCGAUGUCAAGGCUGAGCACUUUGAGAGACAAGUUCAGCGACUCGAGCAGGAGCGAGACCAAUGGGAGAAGAAGUACGAGGAAUCAGAGGCGAAAUACCGUCAAUCCAAGGCCGAGCUCGACGAUCUUGUGGCCAACAUGGAAGGUCUUUGAUCUUCGCCUUGACCAUCGUACUUCGUUCCUACGCGUCUCGCAUAUCACUACGCCAUAGCUCUUUAUUCAUGACGACCCUACAUUCUUGCCACCGCUAUAACAAGGUUUUGAUUGCAGCUCAGUCGACUGUAUUAUAUCGUCCUCGAACUUCGAACAAUUUUGGAAUCAUCACUUAACAAUCAUUAUAAUCGUCGCACUCAUUCAUUCAUU